AUGAAGACAAGAAACCACAGCAGUGUUUCUGAAUUUCUCCUCCUGGGCCUCUCUGAACAUCAGGAACAACAACCUUUCCUUUUUGGCAUCUUCUUGGUCAUAUACUUGGUCACCGUGGUGGGGAAUAUGCUCAUCAUCCUGGCAAUUGGCUCUGAUCCACACCUCCACACUCCCAUGUAUUUCUUCCUGGCCAACUUCUCCCUCACUGACCUGUGUUUAUCAUCCACCACAGUCCCCAGGAUGCUAGUGAACAUCCAAGCUCACAGGCACACCAUCCCCUACAUUGGAUGCCUGUCUCAGAUCUAUUUCUUCCUGUGGUUCAUUGGACUAGAUGUUUUUCUCCUGGCAGUGAUGGCUUAUGAUAGGCUUGUGGCCAUAUGCUAUCCCCUUCACUACACUUUGGUCAUGAAUCCCAGAUGCUGCAUCCUACUGGUGGCCAUAUCCUUGCUCCUUGCCCAUUCAUAUUCUCUAACACACAUCAUUCUCCUAGCUCAGUUAUCCUUCUGCAUGGACAACAUCAUUCCACAUUUCUUUUGUGAACUGCUUCCUCUGUUGAAGCUCUCUUGUUCUGACACUUAUGCCAACCAGUGUGUGCUGCUCUACUGGGGAGGGACAUUAACUAUCUUGAUUCCUUUGCUAAUUAUUGUUUCAUAUGUCCGCAUUGUGGCCGCUAUUGUGAGAGUCCCAUCAGCAAGUGGUAAGUGGAAGACCUUCUCCACCUGUGGGUCCCAUCUCUCAGCAGUUUGCCUGUUCUAUGUGUCUGCAAUUGGAGUGUACUUCAUUCCAUCUGCUGCUGAUUCAGUUGGCAAGGACAGGAUUGCAGCAGUGAUGUAUGCUGUGGUGACCCCCAUGCUGAACCCAUUCAUCUAUAGCCUGAGAAACAAAGACAUGAAGAGUGCCUUGGGAAGAUUCCUGAACAGGAGUACACUGCAAUCUCCACAAGGCUAG